AUGAGAGCGGUGGCAGACGACUUCGAUGCCACAGAAUUAAAGUUCCCUAAAGGUAACAUAAUAUGCUCAUUCCGACUUUUGAAAUAAGAAUUUGAAACAGCCGACACGUUGAUGAUGUCCGAAGUCAAAUUCCUUCUAGAGCACAGGUACGCUUGUCAGUUAUUGUUUGGCGAUCUUCCCAUGUAAGGAAAGAACAAAACGAAAAUAAUCCCAUUCACGAGCUAGAGUUGUCCAACAACUUUGUCAAAACCUUAAAUUAUACAACGCAGUUUUCGAAGUUCAAUAACCGCGAAACCAUUGAUAGUGUACGCAGGUAAACUCCGAUUGAAGUGACCUUCCCGCAGCUUGCUAGUUCAGAAAAGAUUUCACAACUUUGAGCUUGCCGCAAUUGCUAAUCUUUUGCCCGAUACUGCAGAGGAAGCCCGGGCGCUUAUCCCAAGCCUCGAGAGUCCCCGUUUCCCCGAGGACGAGCUUCAGCAAAUACUUGAUGAAAUCCAGUCCAAGCGCAGUUUCCAAUCUUAAGGAUGUAAUCAUCAUCUGUGUAAAUAUAUCUCCCUUUUGAUAUAUUGCCCGUCUUAGUUCGGCCUGAUGUGUGCCCCUUUCCUUCGUCUUUUCCAAAUGCUUAGGGGCUCUGUCCCGGGUAUCCCAACUACUUGCGAUGAGAUAUUGCAGAGUGGUUGUCCCUGAUAGUAAACUAUAUGAAGGCGAUGUUGAGUAGAUAUCUAUUUUUUAAGAUAUGUCUGUCGAGUAAAUGUCGAUUUUACCGACCAAACUGAUAUCGAGUGGAUACUGAUUUUUUGACGUAUUACGGAUGCAGCAAAAACAUUACGCACGCAUCUUUUACUUAGCACAAUAUCCAUACUUUCCUGACCUUAACCCAUUAUUGUGCGUGUGAUUUGAACGUCCACUGCAUGACAACGCCAAAGACGGACAGUUAAGUUGGCAAAUAUUUAUAGAAAAGGUGAGAAUGAUGUGCAUGCGAGUACUUAGUUCAUCGAAAAUUUUCCCGGCUACCCGUAGGGGCUACCUGCAAAUUGUACGAAGCCCUCAACAACCUUUCCGGAUCUGCUGGUCGUUCGGUCACGAGCGCGCUCAAGAUAUCUAGGUCUCAACCGUGAGCGUGUUAUAUUGCAUUGUAACGCCCAACCGUGCAACUUUCUUCCGUGUAUGCGACUCCUUCGGUGUUAACAGUCAGUUUUUUCUGCGUCCUCCAGGCAUACUGUAUGAGUACAUUUUGCAGCACUUACCAGAAGUUGUGUUUUUCUCGUUUUCUCCAAAUUCGAGGGAAACAGUGCAUCUAACUGAGCGAGGAGUCAUCCAGUCUGCGUCUCUUCUAAAGUCUUCCAUUUAUUGGGACACUGCGCCUACAUAGCGGGUCCGGCGUCUUUUUGUUCUCUCUGAUUCCUGUCUUAACAUUAUUAGCAAUAGCGUCACGGCAAUAGAAAUCAAUCAGUAAUAGCCAAGGGUGGGAAGUGCACGCCAAGCCGUUCGCGCGAGAUAAUAGGCGUAGGCGCGUGCGGUGUCGCAACGCAAUUGAAAGACGGCAACCUACCAAUGACCAGAUUACAUAGGAUGGGUAACCGAUGACGUGUCAUAAAUAGUAUCUCGAGAAAUCGCCAGUUCCAGUAUAUACCUACUGAUAUCGAUUGCUGCCGGAGUGCAUUAACGUCUAAGCAUACCUAGACCUCGGUUUGGACAUUUUGGUGACAUGGCACACAUCAUUGGCAAGGUCAGUCGCACUUUUCUCUUCACUCAGACGGAAGGUUGCAGAGAGCCGUCAGACGCGAAACCUGAUUGGAAAAUCGCAAGGUUCCCCACGAUCUACAGCGGGUCAACAAGUAGUUGUCCAUAAACGUGGGAAAUAGUGAAUACUCUGGUGUUUAUAUUUCAUAUCUACUGUGAAUACUCGAUUUUAUCCAGAAUUCCCUGUAAAACUCGUGUAUCAGGUGUCUAAAAAUUGCCAUUCCGUCAGCGGAAACUGACGAGUUCAGCCACCAUAGUUUGGGGACGCGGACGAACAGGAUGCCAGCUGGAAUUUCUAAUCAGAAGUUAGAUUUUACCGUUGGAUGCAGGGAUUUACGAACGUUUCUCGGCUUCGGUUCCCAAAAGUCUGACAGCGCAGUCUUGACUGAUGCAGCAUGGAUUCCUGUCUCUGCUCUGGGGUCCGGAUUUAGGACUCGGCCUGCCGAAAAGUCGGGGUUCCUGAGGCAAGGUGUAGUCCUCUAUAUUGACUAGCACCGAUCAGCUUGGGCCAGGCGACUCUUCGGUCAACCACUCAACUAGGCCCCUUGCAUAUGGUCCACUAUACGGCAAUGGCAAAGUUUGCUAAUCGUUCCUAACGGCAACCGGCCGUUUGUUGCCAUCAUGUGCUUCCGGCAACACCGCAACUACUUUCCGAUCUGGUAUUUGAGUUUUGUUUUUGCCACCGGUCAUACUCAUUACUUUGUCAAACAUUUACAACAGCUCACCAAAUUCACAAGAUUGCAAAUCAGUAAGCUACUUGAGCAUUACGCCACGUGGCCAGUAGAAGUGUUUAAAUAAUAAACCCCGCACCGUGCAACCGUGAGGUAUCACGUGUUUCUAGAGUGGGAUUACUUUCUACGGACAUUAUGCGUCUCAGGCUGGUGUUUGUAAGAACAUCGUUUGGAGCCUCGGACGGUCUAUAUCAAUUUGAGGCUACACAGAUGGGUCAUGAUAAUGGACCGGUGCUUUGUGUCGGAACUGACAACGCCUCUUUGCCGAACCAUUUCUUCACUCACGUAUCUCUGGAAGUAUGCCACUCGUCUGCGCCCAAAAUUCUUCACGAAAGAUGCCUUGAUGCUGCAAAAUUACAGCGAUUCAGCCUAGUACUUGUCCCGCAGCCAAAACAGGGGGAGGCGGCAAUCGUCACUAAGGUUACCAGCCUUUCCGGCAUUAUAAAGAAAUUUUCAAAUUCACGUCACGGCGUCGUAGUGACUGAACCAGGCGCAAAAAUCUUACAGUUGUCCGUCUAAAGUGUCCCAAUUAGGUCACGUAGCGGCGGUUCCUUCCGCCUAUUUCGUAAGAUAAUCUAAAAAUCAUGUAGAAAACUCAACAAGCAUGGAUGACUUUCGAAGAACCUGACGCCAUAUUUCCCAAGUGCCUGGUCGAUCUGCACUUAAUAACUGUCCACGACAUGAGUGGCAGAACUAUUGAUGGCAAUUGGACUGAAGUCUAUCAAAUCGAGCUAUUUCCCAAUUUCAGAUCCCAAUCAGUCACAAUCUCCAUCUCCCCAGGCGAAGACUUCUGCGCUCCCUCGGUCAGUACUGCUUUUUGCGACCAACGUUUUCCCCUGAGAGGUCACUGAGACAGUACUGA